AUGCAUUGUUUGCUUGGGGCCAGCGGACUGAUCUUGGGCCUCCUCAGCGUUCGUGUGACAUGGACCUGGGAAACGGAGGCUUCUUCGCUUUACUCAGCCCUGCCGGCUGAUGACAGCUUCUUCCUCUUGCAGGUGAGUGGCACCAAGAGGGUCGCUGGACAAGGAAAUGCCUCCAGAUCAGGAGCCCGGAAACGCUCAACUUCGCCAGAUAGCAGCUCUGCCGUGCCGCAAGCACUGGCCGAGACUAACCACACAGCAGUGGUGAUGCCUGCGGGUAGGGACCGAAGAGAUGCAGGACAACCAUGGCCGCUGUCGUUGCUGAGUAUCUCUUUGUGCAGAGUCGUCGAAGAAGUCACAGGUCAUCAAGUUCCUACCAAAGAAGGCAUGAUGUUUACUGCUUGCAUGAUAGCUGCCAUUAUCGUGUUGUCUGUGUGCAUUGCUCUGCUGCAUCAGAGUUCUGCAAGGGACACGCGAGGCAGUCGAAUUCCUGCAGGAGGGAUACCUGGAGCUGUCGAGGAAACCGUACGCGACCUCCAGGAUCAAAUGGAGGAAACUUUCACUCCAGGACUUAAAAAGCCACGGCCUGCGUGUUGCUGA